AUGUCGGACAAGGGGGAACCUCCCCCAACACGCCGUAAACCACCAGAUAGGCGUCCGGGAGUACUCGACAGGCCCCUCAUGGAGCGAGACCUCUUCGCUCCUGAGAGAUCCAGAGUGCUCCCACCAUAUAGCCAACUCCCGAGGCGGAUAGGUAGUUCAUCGGCCACUGGCGCCGCGCUCGGCGCUGGUGAAGCUGUGCCUCCACCUAGCGUCGAACCGGCGCCACUACCACGCCGGAGCCAAGCCUCGCGGAGACGUACACCUCCGGAAAUAGACGAAGACCAGCUCCAAGAGGAGAAAAGGCUGAGAGCCGGAUCAGACUCAUUAUCUGAUUCGGCAUCGCCUCCUUCCUCGGUAACCCCACCCGAGAGACAAGCCCCACAAUCUGUGGUAAGGCAUAACAUUCCGCCAAACUCACCGUCUCCAACCACUUCUCCGGCCUGCACCGCUGACAUGCAGGAUUUCGGUGAAGAAGACCCGGAAGGGGAGAGAGAGUGGGACAAUACGUCCUACGCCACUCUAGCCCCAAUACUAGACUCCCAACCUGCUAACCAGGAGCCCAUACCUGGGCCUUCUUCAGCGCUGGACUCCUAUGCGCAAAUUGCAGCAGCGCCAAGAUCAGCGCCACCAUCACCUCCACCACCACCUGCACAAAAACCACAACAGCCAGGGGAACCUCCCCCAACACGCCGAAAACCACCCGACAGGCGUCUGGGAGUUCUCGACAGGCCCCUCAUGGAGCGAGACCUCUUCGCUCCUGAGAGGUCAAGAGUGCUCCCACCGUAUAGCCAACUCCCGAGGCGGAUUGGUAGUUCAUCGGCCACUGGCACCGCGCUCGGCGCUGGUGAAGCUGUGUCUCCACCUAGCGUCGAACCGGCGCCACUACCACGCCGGAGCCAAGCCUCGCGGAGACGUACACCUCCUGAAAUAGACAAAGACCAGCUCCAAGAGGAGAAAAGGCUGAGAGCCGGAUCAGACUCAUUAUCUGAUUCGGCAUCGCCUCCUUCCUCGGUAACCCCACCCGAGAGACAAGCCCCACAACUUGUGGUAAGACAUAACAUUCCGCCAAACUCACCGUCUCCAACCACCUCCCCGGCCUGCACCGCUGACAUGCAGGAUUUCGGUGAGCAGGAUCCAGAAGGGGAGAGGGAGUGGGACAAUACGUCCUACGCUACCCUUGCCCCUAUGCAAGAUGCUCAAACCUCCAAUUAUGAACCCAUACCUGGACCAUCGUCAGCGCCGGACUCCUAUGCGCACAUUGCAGCAGCGCCGAGAUCAGCGCCACCAUCACCACCACCACCACCUGCACAAAAACCACAACAAUCAGAUAAUAGCCAAACGACCAAAUAUCCACCAAUUAUAGUGGAGUGCUUCCCCAAUUGGGCGAAGCACUUCAAAAUCAUACAUCAGCUUGCGGACGUGUCUAGUGCGCUCCUGUGUUGUGUACGUGUUGUGCUAGUGAUUGACUCCGCCGACGUCGAGUUCGCUCCGUUUGGCGUCGAGGCGUCGCUGGCGCAUUUCCUGCGCCGGACUGUUAAUAAGGGGGAACCUCCCCCAACACGCCGUAAACCACCUGAUAGGCGUCCGGGAGUACUCGACAGGCCCCUCAUGGAGCGAGACCUCUUCGCUCCUGAGAGAUCUAGAGUGCUCCCACCUUACAGCCAACUCCCGAGGCGAAUAGGCAGUAUACCGGCGCCCGGCGCCGCGCUCGGCGCAGGUGAAGCUGUGUCUUCACCGAGCGCAGAACUAGCUCCAUUACCACGCCGGAGCCUAGCCUCGCGGAGACGUACACCUCCUGAGAUAGAACAAGACCAGCUGCAAGAGGAGAAAAGGCUGAGAGCCGGAUCAGACUCACUAUCUGAUUCGGCAUCGCCUUCUGCCUCUGCCACACCACCUGAGAUACAAGCCCCACAACCUGUGGUAAGACAUAACAGACCGCCUAACUCACCGUCUCCAACCACCUCUCCGGCCUGCACCGCUGACAUGCAGGAUUUCGGUGAGGAAGACCCGGAAGGAGAGAGAGAGUGGGACAAUACGUCCUACGCCACUCUAGCCCCAAUUCAAGACUCCCAACCUGCAAACCAGGAGCCCAUACCUGGUCCAUCUUCAGCGCCGGACUCUUAUGCGCAAAUUGCAGCAGCGCCAAGGCUGCUGCGAAAGGGAAAUUAUGCAGAGCGUGUGGGUGCCGGCGCUCCGGUGUACCUGGCCGCAGUCAUGGAGUACCUCGCCGCUGAAGUUCUAGAGUUGGCCGGUAACGCUGCUCGGGACAAUAAGAAGACCAGAAUCAUACCGAGACAUCUUCAGCUUGCCAUCCGCAACGAUGAAGAGUUGAACAAGCUCCUCUCCGGUGUGACGAUCGCCCAGGGCGGUGUACUACCCAACAUUCAGGCGGUCCUUCUUCCCAAGAAGACCGAGAAGAAGGCCUAA